CUCUGUUGUUACCACCACACCACACCACACCAAAUGGCGCCAGUUUGGUCCUCGUGCUCAAUCAAUCUCAAAUCACCCUCUUAUUUCACUUCCCCCAUUGCCAUUGCUAUUGCCAUUCAUCUCCGUCACUACAAUACAACAAUCCCUCAACCAUAUCAACAUCACCCACAAAAACUCAUUUCAUUUUUCAACCUAAACCACAAAGAAUCGAUAAUUUCUAUCAUAAAAUCUAUUAACCAUACCACCCAUUUACUCCAAAUUCAUGCUCACAUUCUCACAACAACCCUCAUUCAAGACUCUUCUGUUUCUCAUCACUUCUUAUGCCGCGUUGCACUCUCUGGCCCAUUACAAAACCCCAACUAUUCUCUUCGUUUCUUUCAGCAAAUCAACCCUCCCUUUGUUUCCCACUAUAACACCAUGAUCAGAGCUUAUUCCUUCAGCGAAUCACCUCAAAAAUCUCUUUUUUUAUACCGAGAUAUGCGAAGAAUAGGCAUUGCUGCGAACCCUUUAACUUCUUCAUUUGUUGUUAAGUCAUGUAUAAGGUUUUUGUAUCUUCUUGGAGGGGUUCAGGUUCAUUGCAACGUCUUCAAAGACGGACAUCAAUCAGAUACCAUUUUGCUCACUGCUCUUAUAGAUUUGUAUUCACAAUGUCAGAAAUGUGAUGAUGCAUGUAAGGUGUUUGAUGAGAUGCCUCAGAAGGAUACUGUUGCUUGGAAUGUGAUGAUUUCUUGUUAUAUUAGAAAUAAUCGAACCCGGGAUGCUUUGAGAUUGUUUGAUGUUAUGCAGACUCAAGGGUAUGGAUGUGAGCCGGAUGAUGUUACUUGUUUGCUUCUUCUUCAAGCCUGUGCUCGUUUGAAUUCGUUGGAGUUUGGCGAACGGGUUCAUGGUUAUAUUAUGGAACGGGGAUAUGGUGGUGCACUCAAUUUGUCUAAUUCUCUUAUAACAAUGUAUUCGCGGUGUGGUUGUUUAGAUAAGGCUUAUGAGGUGUUUAUGGGAAUAAAAAACAAAAGUGUGGUUUCGUGGAGUGCAAUGAUAUCUGGUUUGGCAGUGAAUGGAUAUGGGAGAGAAGCUAUUGAAGCAUUUGAAGAGAUGCGGAGAAAUGGCAUUCAGCCUGAUGAUCAUACAAUCACUGGUGUCCUUUCAGCUUGCAGUCAUUCUGGAUUAUUAGAUGAGGGGAUGUCGUUUUUUGACCGAAUGAUCUCAGAGUUUCGGGUAACUCCAGCCAUCCACCAUUAUGGCUGCAUUGUUGAUCUAUUGGGUCGUGCUGGCUUUGUUGAUAAGGCCUACCAGCUUAUUAUGUCCAUGGAGGUAAAGCCAGAUUCCACCGUGUGGAGGACCUUGCUCGGGGCAUGCAGAAUUCAUGGUCAUGUUACACUCGGUGAACGAGUAAUUGAACAGUUGAUUGAAUUGAAAGCUCAAGAAGCUGGAGAUUAUGUUUUGCUUCUGAAUCUUUAUUCGUCAGCUGGACAUUGGGAAAAGGUAGCAGAAGUGAGAAAACUAAUGAGAGAAAAGUCAAUUCAAACCACACCUGGUUGUUGCACAAUUGAACUGAAAGGAAUUGUACAUGAGUUUGUUGUGGAUGAUAUUUCACAUUCAAGAAAAAUUGAAAUUUAUCGCACACUGGAUGAGAUUAAUAAGCAGCUGAAGAUAGCUGGUUAUGUUGUUGAACUUUCAUCUGAACUACAUAAGAUGGAUGACAAAGGAAAAGGAUAUGCACUCUCUUAUCAUAGUGAAAAACUGGCUAUUGCUUUUGGGGUUCUUGUUACUCCACCAGGCACGGCAUUGAGAGUGGCCUCUAAUCUCCGGAUAUGUGUUGAUUGCCACAAUUUUCUGAAAAUGUUUUCUGCGGUUUACAACCGUGAUGUAAUUCUCAGAGACCAUAAACGGUUUCACCAAUUCCGGGGAGGACAUUGCUCCUGUACUGACUAUUGGUAGAAAAAGACAUUGUAACGAAGAGCCACAACAAUUGGAAACUAGCUACCCUGGUUUAUUGUUGAACAAAAUUAUAUCAUGGAUGAAUAAUGAUGGCUUAAUUGAAAUGCAGCCAUACAAAUAACUACUUCUAAGGAGGUUUCAAACUACAUUUCAAGUGGGCCAUAGCUUACUCUUGCUGAAUCUGGUACAUAGAUCAGGCAAUUUUGCUCGUGCUGUACAUUAGAUUGGACAUCUGCCAAACACCAACGGCCUAAAUGAAAGACAUGAAAAGGAGUCUUAAUGGAACAUUUGAGAAAUUUGGUGGUGGUAUUCUUUGAGAAAUUUGGUUUACACUGAAGGAGGUCUAUUUUUGGCUGAUAGUACAAAAAUAUUGUGUGUCAUUUGACAAAAGAGGACUAAAAAUAUUGGUUGUCAUCAUUUUGAGGGAUGUUUAACUUUUGUGGUGUUCGUAUUGAUUUCACUUUACGAUGCCAAAUGACAUGUUGUACAUCUUUUUUUUUUUAGAAGCGACAUGAUGUACACUUUUUCA